AUGGACUCAACACAGGAACGACCAUCCAAGCGCAAGAAAACAAACACCAAAGAGAUCUUCUCGUCCCCCUUGGAUCAACAACUGACUCUUGCCCUUAGAAAUGUUUCGCGGGCUACAAAGAAAGCAAAGGCAUUCGAAAUCCAACAUUUGGUUAGAAAACUUCGACUAGUCAAGGAAGGUAAACCGAUUCAAAAGAAAGAGGCUAGUGCGAUAGAUCCCGCAAAAUUGGAAGCCGAUCUGAGUAGCUUCAAAUCGAUUAAUGUGGAAAAUUUGUCAAAGAAAAUUCUGUAUACUCGGCUCAAACGGCAAUCACCUGAGGCAGUUACUCACUCGAUUUUUGAAGAGCUGCAAGACUCAGAUCGACCGAUCCAAUUGGACCGGAUCGAGAACAAAAUCAGCAGCCAGAAAACUUUGGCCGAUCUGAUCAAGCAAACCGUCUCCAAAUUACUUCUCCAUCUCCGGCCUGAUUCUAUCGAGCAAAUCGACCCGAAAACUAAGAAGUCUUCUUCAACCACCUCCCAGAAAUCACCAGCCAACGGUCGAGCUUCGGCCAAACAACCUCGCGCUCGAAACGGAUCAUCUGAGCAGGCUGACUCUGAGGAUCAUGAUGAAGAGCUCUUAGGUGACGAACUUGAUGAAGCAGUGGCACGUGAAUUAGCUGGUUUAGAGGCUGGAUCAACAGGAGAAAGCAGCACUGACGCGGAGCAAAGCCGAAGAAACCACUCAGAUGAUGAUGACGAGCCCAGCGACUCCCAGUCGGACCGGUCAGACGAGAGCCAAAGUCUAUCCGGCUAUUCAUCAGAAUCAUCGACACUACAACCAGCCCCAACUAAAAAAGCCAAGUUGACCAAGCCUUCUACGGCCACCAAACUCGCCACCCGGGCUUCCUCUUCUACUUUCUUGCCCGCCUUGAACGUUGGUUACACGCUCGGUGACUCGGAUGCUUCUGAUCUGGAGAUCGACGACCUGGCCGUAGACAAAAUGGAACGUGAACGGGGACGCAAGAAUCGGAGAGGCCAACAGGCUCGCAGAGCUAUUUGGGAGAAAAAGUAUGGGAAAUCCGCCAAACAUUUGGUCAAACUGAAGCAGAAAAGAUCAGAUCAUCCUGGGAUUGAGAAGCAUGAAUCAAGAGACCCACACAGGAGAUCAGAGACUUCUACUGAUCGGUUCAAGAAAGCUGAGAAUGGCACGAUCAGUUUGACUGGCUCGAACUCAGAACCUAUCGCAUCCACUACCAAAAAAUCUGCUGCUGCUGCUGAGACUAAGAUGCAUCCGUCGUGGAUCGCUAAACAAAAUCAAAUUAAAAGUCUCAGUGAGGUUAAACCUGCUGGUAAAAAAAUCGUCUUCGAUUGAUUUGUUUGCAACUACAUACAUAAUAUAUACCCCAAUUUGUUGUCGUAGAUUUCCUUCCCUCUGGAUUCACUUUACAUCAUGUAAUAUCUAAUGUUAAACGUCUUCAGUUCUUCAAUACAAGACUUUGAUCUAUA